AUGGCGCAAUCAGGACGAGCAGGGUCAGCAGCAGCAGCGGCGCUGCGCCAUGUGCUGCUACUGCAGCGGGACGUGCCGCGGGCAGCGAAUUUUUUCAAGGAAGGGCUGGGAUUGCCCGUGUUGGUGUGCACAGAACGAUGGGCGGAGGUGCAGGCGGGACCCACGCGGAUCGCGCUGCAGCAAUGCGACAGCACAGCGCACACAGCUCAUGGCUUCUCUCCCCUUCUGUCCUUCUCUGUGCGUGGAGAAGGGGAGUUUGAUUCCACUCUCUUGCGCAUGCUGCGGUUGGGAGCGGUGAUGGACGGUGCUGUGGUGCACAUGCCACAAGGCCGAGUAGCUGCUCUAAGAGCUCCUGACGGCCCGAUGCUGAGUCUUGUUGAGGAAUCGGAGGAGGCUUGA